UUCGACAUGAGGACAGCAGUUGCGGUACUGGUUAUCCUUAUGAUAAAUAACUGGACGGUUGAAGCUUUCUACUGUCCGCCAAGAUGUCGAUGCGAUUCCCAUCUUCGAGUGGUAAAAUGUAACACUUUGAAACUGACCCAGGUCCCAAAGUGCGACAAUUCGACCUUGUCUCUGUUCCUCAUCGACAACUGGAUAGCCACUUUGCAGAACGAGUCUUUUACAGGUCUUUCUCAAUUGGAAAAUGUGUCGCUGGUCAGCAACCUUCUGACUGACAUAGACAUUGCUGCCUUUCAACCCUUGAUCAACAUACGUUUGAUAAAUCUUGCGGGAAAUACGAGAUUACCUCUUGAUAGCCUUGCGCCAGUGUUUUGUUACAUAUCCAAAACAAUACAAGUACUGUCGCUGUACAACUUGAAAAAACUGUCCAAAACCAAAACACUAAAGAGUUCCCUUUUCCGUUGCCUCAGAAAUAGUAAUCUUACACAGUUGGAUUUAAGCAAUAACGGCAUUCACGCACUUCCAGGCUCCAUUUUCACAGAUCUGACCAACUUGCGAAUACUCUUUUUACGAGGAAAUAAUUUAGAUACUGUAGAGACUGGAACUUUUGCUGGUUUGAGUAAUCUACGCUGGUUGGAUUUACGGGAUAACCACCUGAGCAAGAUUCCAAACUUUGGAAAUGAAACGCAUCCAUUCUUUCCAAAACUGUUUGAAUUAAGCUUGGGUUAUAAUAACAUUGAUUCGGUCAAACCUAUUGAUUUUAUAGCACUAAAGAACGUCAUGAAGUUAGACUUAGAAUGGAAUUUAAUACAAAUUCUACCCAACAACAUGUUUAAAUACAUGCCUAAAUUGCAACAUGUUAUGUUGAAACAACAGCGGAAUUUGCGAUCGAUUUUACCGAUGGCGUUUGCCAGCAGUUCGCUCAUCUAUCUUGACAUAAGUGUGAACAAAUACAUCUUUUACUCGAACUCUUACGACUUUUUCUCCAAGUCACCCAAUUUGCACGAUCUUUAUCUGCACAAUAACCAGCUGAAUAAUUUGAAUUCUACAGCAUUAGAGACAAUGUUCCGGAAUCUCACACAACUACGAAAACUGUAUAUACAAAAUACUGGCUUGUCAUUCUUGCCUCCCAACGUAUUUGUUAACAACGGAAUGAUGAGCGAGCUUCAGUUGCAAUCCAACUUCCUGUCAACGUGGGAUCCAAUCGUAUUCCAACCGCUGUUGUCAUUAAGGAAACUGUUCAUGGAUCACAAUAACAUUCGUAUUCUAAAUGAAACGUCGUUUCCGCAGUUUAUAUGGGACAAUCUAACGGACCUUAAUUUGGCAGGUAACCCAUUUUCCUGCACAUGUGAAAAUUUAUGGUUCCGGAAUUGGAUACAAUCCACCAACGUAAAACUUUUACAGCUUCAUGCCUACCUUUGUUACGAACCAAAAAAACUGUCAAAAUCUCCGUUUCUAGAUUGGCACCCUACCAAAGCCCAAUGCACACCGCUACCAGCAUGGGUCAUAGCCAGUGCCAUCGGAGUCUCUGCAAUGUUAUUUCUGGCGCUCGUGACAUUGGCAACACACCGAUAUCGCUGGUACAUACGCUACUGGUGCUUUACACUGCGUUCCCGGUACAAACGCCUCGAACCGUUUGAAGAUAACGGUACUUACGUGUUCGACGCAUUUGUAUCUUACAACUGCCAUGAUCGUCCCUGGGUUAUACAAAGACUGCUUCCAAAAUUGGAAUAUGACGCUGGCUUUAAGCUUUGUCUUCACGACAGAGAUUUCAUCGUAGGCCAUGACAUCGUGGACAACAUUGUAGACGGUAUAGACGUCAGCAGAAAGACGAUCCUCGUGUUGUCCAACAACUUUGCUCAAAGCCAAUGGUGCCAAUUGGAAAUGACGAUGGCUCAGCACAAGCUAUUUGAUGAGAACAAAGAUAUCCUGGUCUUGAUAUUGCUGGGAGAUAUCAAACCUGAGAACCUCAGCAACAGACUGACCCUGCUGCUACGAAAGCAGACCUAUAUAGAGUGGCCUAGCGAGGAAGAAGGUCAAGACCUCUUCUGGGAAAGAGUGAAGGCGGCUCUCCAAAAACCUUCUGGUUAUGGAACGCUAUAA